AUGGGAGAGUUGGAGAUUGUGGGGGGAUCAGAGAAUGGUAUUGUGCAGGGGGGAGUGGGAGUGGUUGAGUUUGGGUUAGGGACAGAUGAGAUAGAAGAAAUGAGUGUGGAAGUGUCUGUAAGGAGUACAGAAGUGGAUAAGGCGAUGUCAGACAGCAGCUUAAUGUCUGAGAAUAGACCCAGAUCGGGAUCUGAGUCCUCUGCAAAUGCAUCUGGCCGUCUAUGGCAGGGGCAAGGUGCAAAGAGACCACGCCUCGAAGAUGAUUUGUUGUCUUCUGAGGAGGAGAGGCCUGGUACGCUAGUGCCCGCUAGAAUAAAAGAUCGUCGACCAACAGUAGAGGAAUAUGUUGGACUGGUUAAAAGCAAGGAGACCCUCAAAAGAGAAGAAAGAGCGGAGCUGCGUAGGCAGGCUGAGGACAAGCUCUUGAGGGAAUCAGUUGUUGCAAAAUUCAGGCGCGAGAUUCGUAAAAAGAAGGAUUCAGUUAGGUCACAGGCGAAAACUAUGACUGCGGCCCAAAUUCAGAAACAAGUACUAGAGGACGUGGCCCUUAUAACGAAAGUGGCUAAAACGUCCACCAACUUAAAAGGGACCUUUGUGCGUGAUUUAAAAGAUGCUGUAGCCUCCAUUACGGAUGCUAUAGAAGUUCUUGGUUCGCGCACCAUUUCGGAAGAGACGCGGCAGCUGCAGAACGACAAUUCUCGACUGCAGGCUGAAAUGGCCAGCCUCCGUUCGGAGAUGGCCCAACUGAGAGAAGAUAUGGAGAGGGUUCGGUCGCAAGGUUCCAUGCACACCUUCUCACAUAAUAAUAAUAUGACUGAGGAGCUGCCCCCUGUUCCGCAGCCUCAGCAAAAAUUGAAAGUCCGACGUGCUAACGCUACGUUGACUGCGUCUUCAAAUGAGGAACUCUGUCGUUCGGUGAUGGUCCAGGUUGGAGAAAUGGUUAAUGCCCGCCUGGCCUCCUUUGAAGACCGACUCCUCCCGGAGAAAAGCCUGAGGCCCCCGCUUGCAGCGGAUAAGAAGAGGCCAAGGAAAACUGCGUCUACUGUCGAUGCUACCAUCCGCGAGAAUGUUCCGGGUCCCAAUAAGCCUACCCAGGAGAAGAAUAAUGUAAGAGAGUCACGACCGGCCCCCACUUGUUUACCUAGCGAAGGACAAUGGGAAAAAGUUAGUAAUAGGAAAAAAAAAGGGAGGAAUAAAAAGAGGAACCGAGACUUGAUAGGGAAAACAACAUUGUUGCGAUCCCAAGAGCAGCCGCAGCAGCAAGGACGCCCGCAGCUCAGACCUCAAGAGAAGUUGGAACGCAAGCUCCGUCCUCCACGAUCAGCAGCCGUGGUCCUCACGCUGCAGCCAGGGGCUGAGGAGAAGGGCGUUACGUAUGCCACAGUGCUCAAUGAGGCCAAGAAAAGAAUUGUCCUUCCUGACCUUGGCAUAACUGCUUUGCGGUUCAAAAGAGCUGCGGCGGGAGGACGAAUUUUGGAAGUGCCAGGAGCUUCCAGUUCUGAUAAGGCAGACUCUCUUGCUCAAAAGCUGAAGGAAAUAAUGAGCGAUGAUGUUGUCCGAGUUUCCAGACCCAUUAAAUCUGUAGAAAUGCGUGUGUCUGGUCUGGAUGACUCUGUUUCUGGCGAAGAAGUGGUGGCUGCUAUAGCGCAGCUUGGCGGUUGUCCAGCUGAGCAGGUGCGGGCUGGUGAUAUCAGAAGCGAUAACACAGGUCUUGGGACAUUGUGGAUUCGUUGCCCAAUUGCAGCUGCCAAAAAGGUAGCUGAGGGUGGAAGGCUCUUAGUAGGCUGGAUUUCAGCACAAGUUAAGGUGCUCGAUGUGCGGUCACAGUUGUGUUACCGUUGUUGGCAAAGAGGACACAUGAAAUCACAAUGCACCAACGAUGUCGAUCGUAGCAAAACCUGUUACCGAUGCGGACAGGAGGGGCACAAGGCGAGAGGAUGCUCUGCUGCACCGCACUGCAGCGUGUGCGCGGCAAGUGGAAAAAUGGCUGAUCACAGAGUGGGCAGUAGUACCUGUGGCCAGUCUAACUCUGGAAGAAGUAAAAAACAGUUGCAGAAAGGCAAGGCUGCCACUGACCCCCGGGUCUCUUCGCAGUCUGUCCACCCGCCCUCAAAUACACGAGCCCGGGAUGAGGAAGCCUCAAUGUCCGAGGGUUAA